UGACUUUUCUCUCGAUCCAUUGACGUAUUCUAUGGCAAAUAUAAGGAAACGCAUCUACGCCGCGAAGUGACGUGAGACGUCCAGUCUCGUCAAAGCCGGGUGGAGGAGGCUGGUUGGGUCAGUGUUGUUGCCAUACGUUAAUUAAUACCACGAUAAUUUUUACCUCGCUUUGAGGUACGAUCUUGGGACCAACGCGUCGAUAAAAUACGUUACAAUGACGGAAGCCGAAAACAUCUUUAUGUUUGUGCCAAACAUUAUUGGUUAUGGGAGGGUGAUUCUGGCCUUGAUAUCAUUCUAUUUUAUGCCAACAAACCACAUAAUUGCAUCAUGGUGCUAUAUAAUUAGCGGAUUAUUAGACGCAGUGGACGGUCAUGCGGCAAGAUAUUUCAAUCAGAGCACAAAGUUCGGUGCGAUUUUAGACCAACUGACAGACCGUGUUGGCACUAUGUGCCUCUGUGUAACUCUCAGCCAAUUUUAUCCAGCUUAUACAUUCUGGUUUCAACUAAGCAUGGCCAUUGACAUUGCUUGCCACUGGAUUUACUUGCAUACAACACUUUUGCAAGGAAAAACGAGCCACAAAUUUGUUGAUAUGUCUGAAAAUCCCAUAAUGCGUGUUUACUAUACAAAUCGUCAGGUUCUUUUCUUUAUGUGCGCUGGAAACGAGGCAUUUUAUGCCGCUCUGUACCUUCUGCAUUUCACAGAAGGACCCAUAUUGGCUGGUAUGAAUAUAUUCAGAGCGGUUCUCUACGUCUCAGCUCCAAUUGCAAUAGUGAAGUCUCUGAUCUCUGUUUUGCAUGGGUAUGUGGCAUGCAUUAAUCUGAGUAUUAUCGAUGUGAAAGAGCGAGAGGCGCUGCGCAAAGCGCAUUAACUUUCCUUCCAUCCUUACCCUGAUACUAGUCAGUCAAGGAAUUUAGCUUUAACGACCUCUCUGUCAAAACAAAGAAUGAAUAUCUACUCAUUUUUCAUUAUCUUCCUCGUUAUAAUUACUAUGUGGUUCAACAGUAAAUACAUUAUACAAAUAUGCCUAUUUAUGUUAACUGACUAAAGUUCAAUGGAUAAGUACUUGUUAACCAAUAUGAACAAAAUAGAGUGAUAGGUGGCAGUGUUGUGUUCGAACUUUGAACUCAAAAUUGACUACACAUGAUAAAGUUAACAAACUGAAUUCAAUCGAUAUGGUUAAAAUACAUAUUAAUAAAUGUUAUCAAUUAUAA